AUGGAUCCGGUAUAUCUUCGUGAUAUUGCUGUACUGGAUGAAGGUCCAGAGUCAGAUGGCAGUAGGCAUGCAUCCGCUUCAGUUCCAAAAUCCAAAUCAAACAGGUUCAGGGGUUGCGAGCAGGAAACUACAUCCUCCUCAAAUGAAGGAACACCUGCGUAA